AUGUUGCCUCAGCCACGGUCGUCGGAGUCUGAUCGUCAGCGCCGUCAGGUUGCGGAGUACUCGCCGGGCGGCGCCCACGGCGCCUCCUGCCUCUGGGGCUUAUAUAUUCCCUUUCAGACAGAAUGCAUGUACCAGCCAAUUAAACUGCUUCAUCCACCUCCCGAGCCAGAGAUUAUUACAAUCAACCGAGAACCACUUGCUUAUGCAACUGACUUCACUUACCUAGGAAGUACGGUCUCUAGCACUGCAAGGAUAGGUAAGGAGCUAAGAAACAGGAUAGGCAAAGCAAGCACAGCUUUCGGGAAACUCCGGCAGAGGCUUUGGAACAAUAGACAUGUCUCCAUAAGAGUCAAGUGCAAAGUGUCCAGAGCUGUGGUACUGUCCACACUCCUUUAUGGAGCUGAAACCUGGACAAUAUUUAGAACUCAGGUGAAGAAGCUGGGCGCAUACAUGAUGAGACAACUGAGGGACAUCAUGAGCAUAAAGUGGUAUGAUAAGAUCACAAAUGAGGAAAUACUUAGACGUGCCAACCUACCUUGCAUGGCUGAUAUACUCAUCGAGAAAAACCUCAGGUGGUUAGGCCAUGUACACAGGAUGGAUACCGACAGACUCCCUAGACAGCUGCUGUACUCACAACUAUGCGAAGGAAAAAGAAACCAAGGAAGACCUAGGCUCAGAUUUAAGGACGUAACAAAAAGGAAUAUGAAGUACAGAAAGAGUGACAUAGAAACUUGGCAGAUUACGGCCAACGAUAGAGCUGCUUGGAGAUCUAUAUCCAAGUAG